AUGAAUUCUCAGUAGAUCGUUGCCUAAUUAAACAAUAAAGUUGAAGAGUGUCUUUAAGAUGUUUAAUAGCAGUUAGAUUCUUCUUUCAGGAGAAUUGAGGCUUUUAUUGAUUAAUUUGCUCUUCCUCCUUAUUAAUCUGAUCCUAACAAAAAUGUUGAUUUUGCUCGUCCACCUGUUGAAAUAUAGCCACUUAAACAAACAUUAGCUAAUUAAAUUACUCAAGGAAUUAAACCAAUAACCCAUUUAGCAAUACCUCAAUAAAAUAAAUAAAACCAAGUUUAACUCACUCAAUUAUAAUCCAAACAAAUAUAAGUAUAAUAAGAUGAAUUAAAAGAUUCAAUAACCAAUAAUGGUGAUUAAUUAAACCUAAAGCCAUUACCUUAUAUCCUAUUAUAGUCCAGUUUAAUCUAAUAAAGUGAAUCGUGUUAUGCAAUUGCUAUUAAUAAAGAUAAUUAAAUUGUAGUAGCUGGGUCUUGUAAUAAAAUCAAGGUAUUUGAAUUCAAAUAAGAGUAAUUGAAACAAACUUAACUUCUAAGUGUACAUCAGCGUCAUAUUACUACUUUAAAUUUUAUGAAAAAAUAGGAUCAAUUUAUAUCAGGGGAUUAAGGUGGAUUGAUUAUAAAAUGGUUUAUGAAUGAAAAUAGUUAAUGGAUAUAGUAAUAAAAACUUAAUGAACAUUCUAAAUGCAUUAAUUGUUUAGUUAUUAACAAUAAUGAAGAUCUUUUGAUAUCAGGAAGUGAUGAUUGUACAAUUAAAUUUUGGAAAAAGUAGAAUGAAUGGAUAUGUUCAUAAUCUAUUACAGAUCAUACAAACUACGUAUUAGGAUUAAGUUUGAAUGACUAAUAGAAUAGAGUGAUAACUUGUGGGUAGGAUAAUGUAAUAUUAAUUAUUGAAUUGUCACCCUAAGAUGAAAAAUGGAAUAUUAUAUAAAUGAUAUCAGUUGAAAAAUGUGGUUAUCGAUUAUGCAUCAUCGAUGACAAGAUAUUUACAUUUUAACCUGAUAAUAAAAGGUAGAUGGAUGUAUAUGAGACGAGUAGUAAUAAUAAAUGGUACUCAAAGAAAAAAUAAAUUGCUGUUAAAAGUGGUGAGAGUUGUAAUUAUUAUUUUCCUUAAUAAUAUCUAAAGUAGAAAUGUCUGCUAGUGAAUAAAAAUGGAUACAAUAUUAAUUUACUAAGGAAGGACCAAAAUGAUGAUUUUAUAACUCUAUAAUCUAUUGAUUUUGGGGAUAAUUAUAUAUUUGGAUAAAUGAGUGAAGAUGGAAAAUAUUUGAUUACUUGGGAUGGUAAAUCAAAUCAAUUUUAAAUUAGAAAAUAUAAUUACAAAUGA